UGCUGGAACUCUGUGAUGCUGAUCGAUGGGAAAGAAGAGACUGUCAAGUCCUGCCUGUCGCCCUCCGAGAUGAAGGGCCAGGUUUUCUGCUACAGCUCCCCUAAUGUCUCCAAGAGGAACUGCUGCUUCACUGACUUCUGCAACAACAAGACUCUGCACUUAGACCCAGGAUAUGUAUUUAGGCCUUUGGAAGAUCCUGGCUGGAGCAGGCUGCAGCUCUGUGUGGUGAUCAUCGUGCCCUCCUGCCUGCUGUGUAUGGGGAUCAUACUGGGUGUGUUUGUUGUGCAGGGCCACCGUUGUGCCUACAGCAGAGCCCACAAGCAGGACCCAGAAGAGCCUCUGGAUGAUCAGAUGCUCAUGUCGCCUGACAAAUGUCUCAAAGAUCUGAUCUAUGACAUGAGCACCUCGGGCUCUGGAUCAGGGUUGCCAUUGCUGGUCCAGCGAACCAUAGCUCGAACCAUUGUCCUGCAGGAGACCAUUGGGAAGGGUCGAUUUGGAGAAGUGUGGCGGGGCAAGUGGCGAGGAGAGGAUGUUGCUGUAAAGAUCUUCUCCUCCAGGGACGAAAGGUCCUGGUUCCGUGAAGCAGAGAUUUAUCAGACAAUCAUGCUCAGACAUGAAAAUAUCCUGGGCUUCAUUGCUGCUGACAACAAAGAUAAUGGCUCUUGGACUCAGCUGUGGUUGGUGUCAGAGUAUCAUGAGCAUGGCUCCCUGUUUGACUACCUGAACAGGUACACAGUCUCUGUGGAAGGCAUGAUUGUUCUCGCUUUGUCCAUAGCCAGCGGCCUGGCACAUCUCCACAUGGAAAUCAUUGGCACACAGGGGAAGCCUGCAAUCGCUCACAGAGACCUGAAGUCUAAAAAUGUCCUGGUGAAAAAGAGUGGCACAGCAGUUAUCGCAGAUUUGGGUUUGGCUGUCAAACACGACUCCACCACGAACACCAUAGACAUACCGUCUAACCACAGAGUGGGAACCAAGAGGUACAUGGCCCCAGAAAUCCUGGAUGAGACAAUCAAUAUAAACAGCUUUGAGUCAUUCAAGCGGGCGGAUAUCUACUCGCUAGGCCUGGUGUUUUGGGAACUGUCCCGGAGAUGCUCUAUUAGGGGACUUCAUGAAGAUUACCAGCUGCCUUAUUAUGACCUGGUGCCUUCAGAUCCAUCCAUCGAAGACAUGAAGAAGGUGGUAUGUGAGCAGAAACUGAGACCCAACAUUCCUAACCAGUGGCAGAGCUGUGAGGCUCUGCGUGUGAUAGGAAAACUGAUGAGAGAGUGCUGGUAUGCCAACCCUGCUGCUCGACUCACUGCUCUGCGGGUCAAGAAAACUGUGUCUCAGCUGUCUGCCAUCAAGGAUGUCAAAGAUUAA